CAUAUCACUAUAUCUGCAUAGUGAUCAUGCGACUUUUGGUGUUGAUUUGCCUCAUUUUAGUGAGUGGCUACAAAAGCGAAGAGAUUUCAACUUAUACAGCAGCAGUAGUCGAAGUGAAUGCCAUUGCUGCCGGUUAUAAUAUUGAGAAUGUUAAAAAGGUUACAAAACAAGUGACCGAAAUUAUCGAGUCAAAUGAAUUAAAUGGUGUUGAUAUUGUUGUAUUACCGGAAGGCAUUCUCAAUGAACCAAACACAGCUGUUCUUCUGACAAACCCAAACAAUACAUAUUGUAAUGAUGCUAAUGCUCAUUUUGUGCUGCGUGAUAUUUCAUGUGCUGUUCGUAAUGCCAACAGAUAUGUUGCAAUCAAUUUAUAUGCAAAAGUGAAUUGUUCGGAGGAUGAUCAAAAAUUCUGUGCAAAUGAAAUUGAUAACACAAAUCUGUAUAAUAUGGCUAUUAUUUUCGAUCGUAACGGUGAUGUGGUUGCUAAAUAUCGAAAAUACCAUUUAUUUGGUGAGGGCGGAGUUCAACAAACCGAAAAACCCGAUUUCAUUACAUUCGAAACGGAUUUCAAUGUUACGUUUGGUGUGUGCAUUUGUUUCGAUUUGAUGUUUAGCGAGCCAGCGAAUGAUUUGGUGCAGCAAGGUGUCAAAAAUUUCGUUUAUCCAACGUAUUGGUACUCAGAAUUACCGUAUUUGACAUCCGCUCAAUAUCAAAAUAGUUGGGCUUAUGCAAAUAAUGUAAACUUAUUAGCAGCAAAUCAGAAUAUACCAGUCGUUCAAUGUUCCGGAAGUGGAAUUUAUAGUGGACGAUCGGGUGCUUUAAAAGUGUUCGUUAGUGAAACGGCUGCAACGAAAAUUCUAAUUGCCAACGUUCCUGUUGACUUGCCAGCAAACGAUGAUGUUUUAUCAACGUUUGAAUCGGAUGAAGUGGGUAAAGAAAUGAAAUUGGACACUCGGUCGGUGUAUUAUUCGGAGGAAAACAAAGGAAUGCAGUACAUCUCCAAUAUGAAUCAAGACAAUUUAACCGAAUUCAGUGUGAAAUUUUUGAAUUUCCACAAGAGCAACAGUCAAGCAGGAACGGUUUGUAAUAAUGGUAUUUGUUGUUACUACAACAUUGAAGUUACCGAUAAGGGCGAACAAGAGGGAAAUACAUCAUAUUCAUACGCGAUAUCAGUAUUUAGCGGAUAUCGACAUUACAAAUCCAUCAAAAAUUUACUGACUGGCCAAGAAGUGUGCAGUUUGAUUGCUUGCACCGAGAUGAAUUCAAAGGAUUCGUGUGGCUUAAGACUGCCAGUGUCACAAAUACAUAAUCGAUUCAAUUUUAAGAAAUUGGAUUUAAGAACAGUGCUUCCCAUUACACACAUGAAAACAAUGCCAAACACAUUGACACAGGAAUUGCUGCCGCUCAAAUCAACGGAAUUUGAACACCAAAUAUCCAAAGUUGAAGGAGACGCCAAGUAUUCUGUGACAUUAAAUUUGACCGAACCGAAGGACGAUAUACUCACCUUUGCUAUUUUCUCACGUGAUUAUGACAAAGAUAUUAUCGGCCAAAUAUGAUUUCUCUACUCUCCAAUUUAACAAAAGAUUCAUGUAAAUGGGACAAACAUUUUACAUAAAAUGCUCAAAUAUUGUCGGAAGUCAUUUUGCAAAUAUUUUGGAAAUAAUAAGAAAACUAAAUAAGAUACA